UCCCUCUCGCUGAGCGCCUCCUCACCGACGAAAGCAAACCUCUCUCUGCGGAAACCCUAAUCCCAACCCUCGCCGCCGAAUCCCACCCGCCAUGCCGCCGAAGUUCGAUCCCACCCAGGUCGUCGACGUCUACGUCCGGGUCACCGGCGGCGAGGUCGGAGCCGCCAGCUCCCUGGCCCCGAAGAUCGGUCCCCUGGGUCUCUCCCCCAAGAAGAUCGGUGAGGACAUCGCCAAGGAGACCGCCAAGGACUGGAAGGGCCUCCGCGUGACGGUGAAGCUCACGGUGCAGAACCGGCAGGCCAAGGUCUCCGUCGUGCCCUCCGCGGCGGCCCUCGUCAUCAAGGCGCUCAAGGAGCCGGAGCGCGACCGGAAGAAGACGAAGAACAUCAAGCACAGCGGGAACAUCGCCCUCGACGACGUGAUCGAGAUCGCGAGGGUCAUGAGGCCGAGGUCCAUGGCCAAGGAGCUGAGCGGGACCGUGAAGGAGAUCCUCGGCACCUGCGUCUCCGUCGGGUGCACGGUCGACGGUAAGGACCCGAAGGACUUGCAGGAGGAGAUCUCCGACGGCGAUGUCGAGAUUCCCGAGAACUAGGUGCCCGAGAGGGAGACGGAGAGACGUUGAGAAGGUUCAUUUUUGGCUUUGUUAUGUUCAAUGACGCUUUCAAUUGUGCCUUCUGAGGUCAUAUUUAGUUUCUAUAAAGAAUCUGUUGGGGUUUCUGCUUAUAAUGUUGGUGACAUUGAGUAUGGUAAGGGAUCUUGGGACGUGGAGUUUUUUAGGUUGUUUGAUGAUUUAUUUCUCAAUGCAAUAGAAUGUUUCAUGUUU